CGAUUGCAUGCCAUGAUUUAAUGAUGUCAAUGCGCCAUGUGCCAUGUUCUGGGCAUGGAUGCUAGCCACCCUGGCCAGGUGCCAGGCAGCUUGCCCAGCCCCACUGGCAGAGGGCGCGCCCAGUGGCGACGAGAUCAUCAAUGCCUGCGCUCAGGCAGCAAGCCAUGCCAUCCAAUCUGCGUGGGCAGACGUUCCAGUGCUGCCAGCUGACACUUUGGCCUCGCGCUGUGUGGCCAUGUCUGAAGACCUGCUUGGCCUCACUUUCGGCGAGUCGGCAUGCCUGUGCCCAGAGGCCUGCGCCAUCAUCCUGACGAUGCAGGGCCUCACAGCAGAGCUGGAAAGCACAGCCCGCUGCACUCAGACGCUGCUUUUGCUUGUGCGCGCCUACGGCUUCCUUGGCGAGUCCGAGCCAGCAUGGGCUUCCCCUGCUGACGGUGGACUUGGUGAGCUCGUUUACGCGCGGCGAGAGCAGUGCGCCAAGGUGCGGCGGGUAGAGAUAGAGCGUCUCCGGCUGCCAAGAUCGCAACCAUUCGCAAAGAGAGGAGGCUUGAAGGGUUGCAGCCAAGCCUCUCGAUCUGUGGCAGUACUGGUUGCUGCGACGCCAAAUCAGAUUCAUACAUACCAGCCCUUCUUGAAUCUUUGGCGCUGCUACGCAGUCCGUCAUGGGAUCAGCUUCAUUCUGGAGACAGAUGACACCGAGGUGAGCCCGCCCCAUCACCGAGCCCCGAACUGGCUGCGGUGGUUCUCAGCCAAGAAGUUCUUGAACUACUAUGAGGCCUUGUUGGUCGUUGACCCGGACCAGUUCGUGGUGCCCGAGUGUUGGAACGUCUCCAUUCCUGCAGUCCUGGGAGCUUGGGCAGGCGGUAUUUUUGGCGCGCCUGAUGUCGCAACGCGCGACUUUGGCAAGCCGCAAACGCUGAACAACGGCGUGGUCUUUAUCCGCUCUUCCCCAAGGGGCCACUUCUUUCUGGACCUGCUGUUGGAGAAGGCGUCGUGGAUGCAGAACAUCGAAAAGGAUCAAGGGGCCUUCGAUGAGACGGUCCUGGAGGUAUUAGGCCUGGAGGCAGCGGCCAGAGGCGAAGCAGGCUACGACUCUGAGUGUGCGCAGUACAUUUGGCCGAAUGCAAAGGGCAACCAUGAGAUUGCGCUCUAUGCGUUGUGCUGGUGGCGGACGAGCGAGCGCUUGGCAGGCCAGUUUGGUGCCAGACGCUCCUCCUUCCUCCGCUUUGCAGACCCACGGCUGGUGGACGUCAACCAUGUCGUGGGUGCCCGCGGCCUCUCAGAGCCUGCCGUGCUGCACCACUUUGCCGGACGCUCCAAAGACUGGGAUUUCAUGCUCGAGACGUUUGGUAUGGCGCGGCGCAACACCGGCAACUGUCAGCGUGUCUUCGAGCACGUGGAUAGCCGAGCAGCUGUGCAAAGGUGCAUCCCUGGUGGGCCACCAGUGAUGGAGUGUGAACCACCAAUGCUUGUCUGCUAGCACGGAAAA